UUUUCCAUUUCAUGUCGUUAACAGGCUAACAGACGAAAUGGCAACAGUUGUUGAAAAACUAAUAUUUUUCGUCUGCAUUUUCUUCCCAAGACUAUUUUAUUAUUAUAUUGACGCUCUUAUAUCAGCAUUUAUUCCUGCCAAACCCAAGAGUAUUGCCGGGAAAAUUGUACUGGUUACGGGGGCGGGGCAUGGAAUUGGCAAGGAAAUCGCCUUAGAGCUUGCACGAAAAGGAGCUAAAUUAGUUUUGUGGGACGUAAACAAGGCUAACAAUGAAGAGACAGCUACAGAGAUCAGAAGUAUGGGAGAAUCCGCUACAGCAUUUGUUGUUGAUGUAACGAAAACUGACGACAUCCACAAAACAGCUGAACAAAUGAGAAGAGAAGUAGGAGAUGUGGAUAUACUGGUGAAUAAUGCUGGGAUUUUAUAUGGUGGAGAACUCUUAAAACUUAAAGAGGCUCACAUAAGGAGAACUUUUGAAGUCAAUACAUUAGCACAUUUCUGGACAGUAAAAGAAUUCAUGCCUGCCAUGUUGGAGAAGAACAGUGGACAUAUUGUUACCAUAGCUUCCAUGUCUGCUAAAUCUGGGACUGCAUAUUUAGUAGAUUACAGUGCUUCAAAAUAUGCAGCGUAUGGAUUUACAGAAGCUUUGCAAGAAGAAAUACUAAAACUUGGAAAAGAUGGAGUAAAAACCACAACUGUCAAUCCUAUGUUUGUUGCUACUGGUCUAGUUAAAGAACCAAAAGACAAGGUUUAUCCAAUUUUAGAACCAAAAGAAGUUGCCUUAGAAACAGUAAAAGGGAUUAUGUAUGACCAGGAAUUUGUUUACAUUCCAAGAUCUUUAAACAUAUCACUAAGAGUGGCAGGAUUAUUCCCAAGAAAAUUUCAAAGAUUUUUAAAGACCUUUGCAGAACAGGGAAUUAAGCCUCAAUAUGACCCACACAGCAAAUCAGAUUAGAUUCCCUCUUGUUUUUCCAAUUUUAAAGGAAUAUUUUGAAUGCAAUAUGCAACCAGGUUUUCUAGUGUGCAAACUGUCAUGUGAAACAUGCAUUCAGAAUUUUUAUGUAGUUUUUUUUAUAAAAAGUUAGCUGGGCUGACAUCAUAAAACUUACAGUGUGUUUAAAAAUACAAUUGGUAAUUUAUUAUCUGAUAAAGUGAGGAAAUCAGUGAAUAUUUGAGGAGCUUAAGAAUGUCCUCUAUUAGUAAGUGAGAACCCCAGCUGAGAAUAAAUCUAUUUAUGCUGAUCUUUAAUCACAUUAGAAAAUAUUCAUAUGGAAUUUUUAUACAAAGUGUAAUAUAUGGUGAAAUCCUCUUCUACAGCAAAUUUGUUAUGACCGAUGAAAGUUUGGCCAUGACAAACAAAUAUUGUUCUAAUACAUAUAUUUGGGGGCAUUUGAUAUGCCUACAUUUAAUUCAUGACAUUUUUGUGAAAUAUCAUCUUCUACUCUUUAUUUGUCAUGACCAACAAUAGUUUGGCUAUGAGAAAUGAAAAAUAUUGUUCUAAUGACAUAUAUUGGGGCCUUUGAUAUGCAUUUAUAUAGAUUACACCGUUGGUUUUCCCGUUUGAAUGGUUUUACACUAGUAAUUUUGGGGCCCUUUAUAAUUGUUGUUUUUGGUGUGAGCCAAGGCUCCGUGUUGAAGGCUGUACUUUAACCUAUAAUGGUUUACUUUUUAAAUUGUUAUUUGGAUGGAGAGUUGUCUCAUUGGCACUCACACCACAUCUUCCUAUAUCUAUAUACAUUUAUUUCAUGACAUUUUUUAUUGAAAUAUUAAGUUUUGAUGUUAGCAACUUGAAAAUAUUAACAUUCCAGAGUUUUGAUAAUGAUUUAUAAUUUAUAUUCAUAAGUUCCUUUAAAUAAACAGUAUAUUGUAAAACUGAAUAAAACCAAAAACUUUUUAUAGCAUGACAAUUUUUAUUGAAAUAUUAAGUUUUGAUGUUAGCAACUUGAAAAUAUUUACUGUCCAAAGUUUUGAUAAUGAUUUAUAGUUUAUAUUUUUUAUUUCCUUUAAAUGAACAGUAUAACUGUGUAAAACCCAAAAAGCAAAAUAUUGAUUAUUAGUGGUGAAGGACCUUAAAAUUGAAAGUGAUGUGUGAUUUGAAUUUGAAAGAAUUAAGGUUGUAUCUCCCUGUUUGUACGAUAUAUAUGCAGAAGUUUAGGACGUUCGCUACUCAUGUUUUGACUUUUGUCAGAUAUUUCAGAAUCCUCUAGGUUUUUUCCGGUUAGUCAUUUUAGUACUGAUGAAAAUAUUGCUAAUUUGAUUGCUUAUAGUUUAAAAAAACAUAUUCAAAAAUCUUAUAAAACCCUGGUUAUUUUUUUAUCAGUUUUGAAAAAAAACAUGCCAAUAUUAUAUGUACGAAAAAUCUACAGAGAAUUAUUUCCCAUCAAAUUUACAGUUGAUAACUUUUCAAAAAUAUAGGACACAGACCUGUCAUUUUUAUCUUCUUUUCAAGUUCUGUUAUUUAUAUUCCAUCAAUUUAUAACAGUCUUUUAAAAAGCUUGUUAUUUUAAAACAGAGUAGCAAACAUCCUUAGCUAUGUACCUCGUUUUUAAAACGAAUCUAUUCACUAUAGGCAUACAAAUAAACUUUCCAUGCUGAUUAUAAGAACAAUGAUUGAUAGACCUUUACAAAGACUUUUAUGUAAUAUGGGGGACAUGUAUUUCCAUAAAACCCUUGUUAAUUACCCUUUUAAUCUUCAAUGAACCUACCUUGCCUUUGAAUAACAAGAAUAAAAAUCUGUGUGUAUGUCUGUCCUAAAUCAAAUAAAAGUUUUGAUUUAAGGGAAUUUAUGGUCACAUUAGCAUAAAGUUAUUUCAUAAGUUCAUACACAUGUUCAUUUUGAAGAAAAUUGUUUAAUAAAUAUGCCAAAUUAGGAAUUCAAAGACCAUGAAAUUAGGAUAAAUUCAUAAUGCAUAUCAGAAAAGUGUUAGGUUAAAUGUUAAAACCGUUUGCUUUAAGGUAAGUGUCAAAAUGAAAUUUAUCAGUUGUGGAUUCAGGGGCAUGCAUACAUUUAUUAUAGUGUGUAUUAUUUUUUCUUAGAAUACGUAAAUUGUAUUUUUGUGGAUAAGAUGUCAUGAUUUUGUCAAAAUCUACAUGCAAACCAUUAGAAAAAAUGUAGGUAAUAUGGUAAUGGUGAACUGACAUAAGAGGUCUCUUUCAAUAGAGAUUUAGUUAGUAGAAGUCAUAUUAAUAAAAACAAUAUGUACUUCAUUAAACAGUUGAAUUUUUGGUUCAAUAAUACCUAAUUUGCCAGGCAAAAAUUAAAAAAAAUCUAUGGUAUCUAAAACAGAUGAGUUGUAAACUGUCAUUAGAUCCUUUACUCUUGUGUAUUUUACAGUAAAAGUGAUAUCUUUAAAGCUCAAUUUUUUAUAUACUUGUUUUUUUGAAUAUUUACUUUAUUCGGCUGUUUUGAUA